UUCCUCUUCUUUUUCUGCCUGCAUCUGGGCUCGUCCUGGCAAAACAAACCAGAAGAUUUGGAAACUGAGGGAAACUUAGCUCCCCUUAAAUAACUUUAAUUCCUCCUGCGUUUUUAAACUUAGAUGGGCAGAAUUAAUUUUGUUAAAGUUGAUUCUUAAUAGAUUGAAAGUAAAUGCUCAUCUUUUUCUUCACAGGUGCUGUUCCAAUGAACAUGAAUAUCCAGGAAUUAAGAGAACAAGCAAGAAUCCCAAAUUUGGUGCAUCCACAUCAAGUCUGUCACGUGGAAUCCACAGUUUGUCAGCUCUGCUCCCAGCUGGGAGAAGUGAAGAGGAUCUAUGAAAACAAGGUCCAAGACCUUGAGAAGCAGUUGCACCUAGCUCAUUCUGAGACAGCUCAGACAGACCAGGCACAACAUAGCCAGGAACCUGGAAAUCCAAAUGACCAGAUUCAUCAAAUGUUGGUAAAAACAAGUGAAAAAGAGACAGAGCUAAGCCUAGAAAAAGAGCGAAACAAGCAAUUUUGGAAUCGGAACACCCAGAACAGCAUCACCAUGGAGCAGCUCAGGAGGCAGCUGGACAACAGAAACAUGCAGCUGCAGAGCAUGGAAAAGGCACUGAAGGAAAAGAGGAUGGAGUGUCGUAGACAAAUGGAGUGCCAGGUUGCUGUAAUUAGGGGAAAAAAUGAAAGCAUUGGAAGAAUCUCCUCUCUGACUGUGCAGCUGGAGAUGACCAAGAAAGCACUGCGUAAAGUCAUGGAGUGUCUGACAGCCAAACAGAGGGAUCUGGAGGCUGCUGAGCAAACAGGCUCAGAUCUGGUGGUUUGUCUGCAGGAGAAGGAGAGAGCCCUUGGGGCUAGCAGGCAGGAAAUCUGGGAGCUCCUUGGCAGCAGGAUGCAGGAGCUCCAGCACGCGAGGAGUGAAGAGAGCUGCUCACACAAGGUGCAGUCGGAGCUCAAGGCGCUGAAACUGCGCGUGUUGGAGAAGGAAAGGAUGGUGAAGAUCUCCCAAAAGCAAAUUGAUAACAUGACCCAGAUCAUGGGCCAGCACGGCCGAACUGCUGGAGCAAUGGAAGUGGAGAAAUCCCAGCUGAAAAAAGAAAUAAAUGGCUGGAAACUCAAAGCAGAAGAGCUUAAGAGUGCAAAGGAUGAGAAAGAAGCCAGGAUACGUGAAAUGGAGGCCAGGCUGAGCGAGCUGGAAAAGGUUCAGCUGGUUAGCACAUGCACCGAGAGGCUCCAGGCACUGAAUGAUGCAAAACUGGAAAAAGAUGAGCUCCUGCAGGAACUCCAGGCUGGCCUGAGGCAGCUAGCUGGCCUUGCAGAGGCAUUUGAAGAUUUGAAGAGGAAUUAUCAGGGUGAAGUAAAGGAAAUGGAAAAUACUGCAAACAGACUGAAAAUGCAGUUGAAGUCAGCCCAAGCUGAACUGAAACAGGCCAGGACUGCUCUAAAGACUACAGAGGGAUCUGAUGGCAAUGCUCUGGAAGCUGCAGCAAGAAUGCAGAAGCAGAUCACAGGCAAGAGAGGACAGACAGAUGCACUACAGAGCAAGAUGAAAUUCUUGGAAGAGGCAAUGGCAAACGUAGCUAAGGAGAAGCAUUACCUCAGAGAAGAAAAUAGUAAACUAAGUCAGAAACUGAGCUGUAUUAGAGCAGAAAAUAUCAGGAUUGCUGGGGACCUGGAGAUCCUAAGACCACAAGAAAAACGGCUGAAAGAAAAACUACCCAAGAUGGAGACAGCCCUUGAUAAGGCAUCCCUGCAGUUUGCAGAGUGCCAGUGCAUCAUCCAGUGCCAGGAGCAGGAAGCCAUACGCUGCAGGCUGCAGCACACCUUGGAUGUGAGAGAGCUGCAGGGCCCAGGCUACUCCUCAGCUUCUGCUUCAGGGAAGCUGCAGCACGUUGUGCCUCAGUCCCAUCUCCUCUCUGCUGUCUGGCCACAUGCCCUGUACCUGCCCAGCUCUGCCCCUCAGAAACCUACCAAGCUGGACAUUUUGAAGGAAAAACCAUUGCAGAAUCUGAAGAGGAUUCUUCAAGAAUUAACAAGCUCAGACAGUGACGUUCCCUCCGUGGAUCUCAGCAGCCACGGUGGGAGAAAAUCCCCUUUAACAACCAUGAGGAAUGCAACAUUUUAUUUCUGUUGUGUGCUGUGUACGGUCCUUCCUGCUCACAUCCCGCAGAUCUUCAGUCCCAGGAUGGUUCCCUGCUCCUUACAUCCCUUGCCCAUGGAAACUAGUGAGCCCACACCAAAGAGGCUACAGAGCAAGAUGGAAAGCCUGCAAAACCUGGUGGAAUCAUUGCACAUAAAGAACCAAGCCACAUCUCCAAUGAUCAGAACUCAGGAGGUGAAGACAAAGAAACCCAAGGAAAAGGAGAGAAAGCUAUUCAAGUGAAGGCACUGUAUGCCUUAGUGAUCGCUUUCAUGUGGAUGGCACAGGAGGACUGUUAGGCCAAGCCUGCCCACAGCAAGGACACCACAGAUGGCAACCAACCCCCGGGAGAGAAAACCUAACAGCGGGCUAAUACUUGGAGAGACUCCAAAGGUUGUUCCUGAUGUAUCAUUACUUUGGAGAGCAGUGUUCUGUGAACGAGGCUCCGUUGCACCAUUGUUUGCUCAGCAAGUGGGAGAGCAUUGGAAAAACAGGAGAGUAUUUGGAAAAGCCACACGUGACUUUGCAGAAUUCCCAGCUGGCUGGCCCGAGAUCAGGAGCCUCAAGCCUGACACCUUUCCACGUUUCAGAACCAAAACAGGAGGACUCCCAAGGAGCCGAGCACCUGGUGUUGCACAAACUGAAGGAGCCACAUCACAACCUCAGCAAAUCUGGCUUUUUUACGUUUAUUAAAGAUAUUCCCAGUGCAUGGGACAGGACAAUUUCACCGUGCCCAUGCUCUCCAGAAUGUGGGCCUUGUCUGCCUCUUCUCUCAGUAACAUCACCACGAUGCUGCAAAGGGAAGAUGUGCCCCUGCUUGUUUCAGGGAUCCGUAACUAGGACACACGAUUGUGCCCCGAGCCAGCAGUGCACCCACUGCAUUCCCAGGCUGCACUCCAGAGGUGGAGCCACUCCUCACAGGAGUGUUUGCAGUGUAUCAUGGCUUCUUCCUAGGCUUCCAAAAGUUGAAAUGUCUUGCCAAAAUAAAGAAAAUAAUUCACUCUGAGAAUCUAGAAAAUCUGUGUGGAGAAACAAUGUGCUUCUUUGCAUCACGUGAGUAGGUUUUUAUGGAAAAAAAUCCAAAAAGCUGAAUUAAUCAAACCCAAAAUUCUGUAGGAAUCUUUACUUGAUCUAUAAAUAUCUGUGCAAGGUUCAGCUACAAUAUUUUACAGUGGGAGGGAAGGUUUAUGGUU